UUGGUUAUGGAUCCCUAAAGAAUUUCAAUACCUUUUCAGGUAAGCAACAUGAAGAAAGCAGUGGUGGCAGGAGGAAAGGAGUCGCGUGGUACUAGUGUGAGUGGGAUACGACGGGAACUGAUGCGGAUGCCAAAUGCUAAUCAAGUAGAUAGAUCCGCCCAUUACGGCGUCCAAGAUAAUGAUGAUUUUAUAUCAUCAGAAUCAGAUAGACAAUUGCUUCUUAUCAAGCAACAGGACGAGGAGUUGGAUGAGCUUAGUGCAAGUGUAGAGAGAAUUGGUGGUGUUGGACUUACAAUACAUGAUGAACUCGUUGCACAGGAGAAAAUUAUAGAUGGAUUGGGCUUGGAAAUGGACAGUACAUCAAAUCGUCUUGAUUUUGUUCAGAAAAAAGUGGCCAUGGUCAUGAAAAAAGCUGGAGCCAAAGGCCAGAUUAUGAUGAUUUUGUUUCUGGUGGUUCUGUUCAUCAUUCUAUUUGUUCUUGUCUUCUUGACCUAGGAUGUAGGAAGGAAUCAGCAUCAUAUAUUCGUUCAUGGGAGAAGGAUAUCUUUGGAGUAAUCAUGAUACAAAAUUACUGGUGUAAUAUAUAUGGAUCUGUUGAAUUUGUGGGAUCUUAAUUCUUCAAGUUUUCACCAAUUUUUUGAACUUCACUGUAAUUUUCCUUUUCUUUCAGAUAUUGAGUUGAGUUACAAUAUAAAGUCUGGGUUAUUCGUAUAGCUUCCA